UUUUUGCCCCUUUUUUACAGGGAGAUCAAGACGGAAUAAUUUGAAGAAACGGUGGAAAUUAGAAGAGAUGGCUAACAAUGCGGCGGCUUGUGCAGAAAGGGCAACUAGUGAUAUGCUGAUUGGGCCAGACUGGGCUAUAAACAUUGAGCUUUGUGAUAUUAUCAACAUGAAUCCUGGACAAGCAAAGGACGCUCUUAAGAUUAUCAAGAAACGCUUGGGGAGUAAAAAUCCGAAAAUACAGCUCCUUACACUAUUUGUUCUUGAGACUCUGAGCAAAAAUUGUGGAGAGAAUGUAUUUCAGCAAAUUGUGGAGCGUGAGAUUUUACGAGACAUGGUCAAAAUUGUGAAGAAGAAGCCUGAUUUAAAUGUGAGGGAGAAGAUUUUGAUUUUGAUAGAUUCAUGGCAAGAAGCUUUGGGAGGGCCAGGGGGGAGAUUUCCCCAGUAUUACGCUGCAUAUAAUGAGCUGAAGGCCGCAGGUGUAGAGUUUCCACCUCGAGAGGAAAACAGUGUACCUUUAUUUACACCACCACAAACUCAUCCAAUAGUCCACAUGCCUUCAGCUUAUGAGGAGGCUGCAGUUGAGGCCUCUCUUGAGUCUGAUCCCUCUGGACUCAGUGUUGCGGAGAUUCAAAGUGCUGAGGGGUUAUCAGAUGUCCUGACGGAGAUGCUUGGUGCCUUGGAUCCAAAGAAUCCUCAGUCCGUGAAGGAAGAGGUGAUAGUUGAUCUUGUUGAACAGUGUCGUUCUUACCAAAAGCGUGUGAUGAUUCUUGUGAACAACACUGUAGACGAGGAUCUGCUUUGUAAAGGAUUGGCACUCAAUGACAAUCUGCAGCGAGUUCUUCGUAGACAUGACGAUAUUGCCAAAGGAACCUCAACAAUUACUGUACCGCCCAGAGAAAUUCCUGUUGCACCCCUUAUGAAUGUGAAUCAUGAGGAUGAUGAGUCAGAAGAUGAUUUCUCUCACUUAUCACGGAGAACUUCAAGAGAUCCAUCACAGGGACAGGGGAGGAAGACUAUUGAUGCGAAGAGCGAGCCUAUGCGAAUUACUCCAACUCUUCCUCCCCCACCUUCAUCAAGGAGACCAGUUUUUACAGAUGGUAAAAUGGUUGAUUAUCUCAGUGGUGACAGGUUUGAAUCAGAAAGAUCACUGGGAACAGAAGGAUCUUCACCUAUUGCUGCUUCAACUAAUUCAAACAAUGCGAGUUCCAUCCCAUGGUCAAGUCCCAAGCCAUCUUCAUCUGCACCCCCUCCGGAUGAUUUGCUAAAUCCAACUGCUGAUGAGGACUUCUUGAACCCCACUGCAUCUAUGUUUACUGGAAAAAACAACCACAAUGAAUCCAAUUCAAAAGCCAAAUCUGCCGAUAACUUGCCUCCAGCACCUUGGGAUGCUCCUCCUCCUACCGCACUCCCUCCACCACCGGCCAGAUAUGAUCAGAGACAGCAGUACUUUGAGAAACAUGUUUCUGGUGGCUCCCCUCCCGCAAGAACUGGAUCGACUUCCUAUGACAACAUAGUUGGACAAACAAAGAAUCUCUCUAUUAAUUCUUCUUCACCAUCCAAACCAGAGAAACCCGAGGACGCACUCUUCAAAGAUCUUGUUGAUUUUGCAAAAGCCAAGUCUUCCUCAUCUUCAAACCAAUCCAAUAGAUCAUUUUAAGUGAUUUCAAUGAAUAUGAAUAAUGUGUGGUGGGGUGUAUAUCUACUUUUUCUUCUUGUAGCAAUAAAUAUUAGAGAGGACUGAGUUUAUGGAUUACUGGAGCUGCUUCUUCUGCUUUAUUUCUGUUCGACUUUCAGCCUUUAGGUGAGUGAUAGUGUAGCUGACAUGGCAUUUAUAUCUUGGAUCAUAUAAGGUGGUUAAUAUU